CGGGUUUGUCGCUUAGAUACGAAAUGUUUUAUUAUUUAUAUUAUUUAAAGUAUUUUUUACUGUUUACCUUGAUAUUAUUUUUGAAUCUCUUUAUUUAAUUAUAAUGGCCCGGAAAGAAGAACCUAAAAUCCAACCAAACAAUGAACUGGAAAAGAAAAUAAUAGAAGCUUUCGAAGUGUUCGACCACUCUGGCAAGCAAGUGGUUGAUGUUAGAGAAAUUGGUACUAUUCUACGGUCUCUAGGUUGCUGUCCUACAGAGGCAGAGAUUCAAGAGGUAAUUCUUGCCACAGAAAACAAGGAGGCUACAGGAAAUGUACCGCUUGUAACAUUCUUACCAUAUAUGUGCAAAGUUAUGUUAGAGCACAGGUUUUACCCAGCCAACGCAGAGAUGUUGCUAGCGGCGUUCAGAUACUUCGAUCCUGAGGGUCGCGGUUACUUGACCAAGGAGCGGUUCACUCAGCUCAUGAUGGAAGAAGGGGAGCCUUUCACGCAGGAGGAAUUCGACGAGAUGAUGCAAACUGCCCUGGAUCCCGUUACUGACACGAUCACUUACGAAUACUACAUCAAUCAACUCAUGGUUGAGGAUGAAGUAGUCGAGACUACGGAACCGCCGAAAUAAUUGCAAUUCCACUGAAGGAACAAAAUACUCUAAUAAAUACUCUCUUACACGUAGCAAAGAAAAAGCAACAAUCAUGUUUUCAUCCAGCG